CCCCUCCCCCUACCCCGCCUGCACCUCAACCCCCUCCCCGUUCACAAAGUCUCGCGGGAUUUAGCCGUCCUGCCUGGAGCGGGGUUUCCAUGGUGCUGUCGGUAAAUAAACGGUUCUGGCCUAACCGCUCGGAGCAGUAGCGCCAAGAUGCCGCCCAAAAAGAAGAAAGGGAAAGGAGGCAAGAAAGCAAAAACACCUACGGUGAUCGAUGGCCUUUCCACAGAUGCGAUGUCUAAGGAGCAGCUGGAGGAACACAUUGUUCGGCUGCGUGAAGAACUUGACAGAGAACGAGAAGAACGGAACUACUUUCAGCUUGAGCGUGACAAAAUCCACACUUUCUGGGAGAUCACAAAGCGGCAGCUGGAGGAGAGGAAGUCAGAAUUAAGAAACAAAGAUCGAGAAAUGGAGGAUGCAGAGGAACGGCACCAGGUGGAAAUUAAGGUCUACAAGCAGAAAGUCAAACACUUGUUGUAUGAACACCAGAAUAACCUUGCUGAAUUGAAGGCAGAGAAUACAGUAGCCAUGAAACUGGAACAAAAAGAGCAUCGUGACCAGGAGCAUGCUAUACAAAAUAAUAUCAGAAACUUGAAGGUGCAACUGAAAGAACAGGAGCUUUCCAAUGAAAACAUGGUGAAAACUUUGAAACUGAAAAAUGACGAAGAAAUUACAAGAUUGUGGAAUGAUUUUGAGAAACAAACACAAGAUAUCGAAGCCAAGUAUCAAAAGAAGAUGGAUGUGCUGCGUGACGAGAUGGAAUUGAAAAGAAAAACAGAAAUUCAUGAAAUUGAAGAAAGAAAGAAUGGUCAGAUCAACGCAUUGAUGAAAAACCAUGAAAAAGCGUUCAGUGAUAUUAAAAAUUACUACAAUGACAUUACUCUUAACAACCUUGCACUCAUUAACUCAUUGAAGGAACAAGUCGAAGAGAUGAAGUUAAAAGAAGAACGACUGGAAAAAGAAACAUCUGAGGUUCAGAUUCAGAAUAAGCGUCUGAUAGAACCACUGCAGAAGGCACGGGAAGAGGUGACAAGACUUAGUAAAUUAUUGGCCAACUAUGAACAGGAUAAAGGUUUUCUUUCACGAGCUAGAGCAAAGCUUAAACUUAUGGACAAAGAAAUGAAGCAGUUCAGAUGGGAGCACGAAGUACUGGAGCAGCGCUUUUGCAAGGUUCAAGAAGAGCGGGAUGAUCUGUAUAACAAAUUUGACAAAGCCAUUCAGGAGGUUCAGCAGAAGACUGGCAUGAAGAACAUUAUCCUUGAGCAGAAACUUUGUGCACUGUCUGACUGUCUGGAGAAAAAAGAAGCACAACUGAAUGAGGUCCUCGCUGCUUCUAACCUUGACCCAACUGCACUUAGUAUGAUCACUCGCAAACUGGAGGAUGUCCUGGACUCCAAGAACAAUGUUAUAAAGGACUUACAGUAUGAACUGGCUCGGGUUUGUAAGGCUCACAACGAUUUGCUGCGAACAUAUGAGGCAAAACUCACUGCAUUUGGAAUUCCAGUAGAUGAGCUAGGAUUCAAACCACUGGAGACUGCCUUUUGUGGACAGAGGAUUGGUCAGGGCCCAGCUGGGCUGGUUGCUGCAUCGACAUAGGUCUGGGCUAUAAAUUACACCUUCCUAAUGAUAUGUAGAACACUUGGUUACCAAUAAAUAAGGUUGCUAAUGUUCCUAAUAAUGAUGUGAUACAAAGUUCUCUGAAAACCUGUUCAGGAGAUGUCUUUUUAAUAGUAAAAAUGAAUGAAGUCUGUAAAUACUUAAUGGCUUGAGAUUUUGCAAUGUUUUAAAAAAAAUUAAAAUAUACACUUAGAUUAAAAAAAACACUUGCCUCAUCAUAGUAGGGUCUGAUUAGAUUCCUGUAUAUCAGAAUAAAUGUUCUUCUAAUUUCAAAAAUGCAAAACACAACUUUUUGCUGUUAACACCAGCAGUCACUACAUUGUUUGUAGAUAUGCAAUAAUUUCUGGCUGUGUCAUCUCCCUCUGCUUCAUUCAAUGUAACUAACAUUUUAAAAGGUCCACCUGGUUAUCAGGUGACUUUGUGCAGCAAGCUUCUAAAUUCUGUCUUCAUAACUCCAGUAUAAUCAUGUGCACAAAAAGAAUUAUGCUCCUCAAAUUAUAAGCAGUACUAUAGUCAAUUUAAUAUUAAAAUUCUUCCAUUUCUUCUG